AUGUUCAUAUUAUCACCCAGCCUCAUAUCUGGAGUCGCUGCUCUGCUCCUUUUUGCCCAUAUCAUCAUUCGACUUUGUUCAGCGACAGCAAAGGUCCCCGGCCCAUUUGUAUCAAACUUCACCUCGCUUGUACUGAAAUGGCACGAACUCAACGCCAACCGUACCGUGUAUAUUCAUGAGCUUCACAAGAGAUACGGCCCAGUGGUCCGUGUUGCGCCUAACGAAGUCUCUUUUACGUCAAUCGCUGCCAUCAAAGAGAUUUAUGGCUCCGGUGGCAGUGGAUAUGACAAGACGGAAUUCUACAAUCUCUUUCAGGUCUAUGGCAAGCGAACCAUGUUCUCAACCUUGGUUAAAGGCGACCACGCAAAGCGACGGAGAAUGAUUGGCGAUCGGUAUGCCAACAGUAACGUGAUGAAGGCAGCCCCUUUGGCCGGUAUUAAGGAACGGUCCAACAAGUUUCUCCAGCAUUGCGUCGAGUCUCCUGAUAGAACGGCGGAUGUCUUUAGAGCACUGCACUCGUAUGCAUGCGAUUGUGUCACGCAUCAACUGUUUCAUCCAUAUGGAAGCAACUGCUUGCAGGACAAAGAGGACGAAGAGAUGAUGCACCAAGUUGCUGCUGACGACAGCUUACAGAAUCGACUGGUCCAAUACUAUAGUCCAGUUGUUUACAGCCUUGGAUCAAAGAUUCUUGCCAGCUUUGCCAAGCCUCGAUCAAUUCCCUUGGCCGACAAUUUUGUUAUCGAAAAUGCCCAACAGGAUGGAGCUGCGAACUUUACUGUCCUCAAUCGACUAAAAGAGAAGGACAGCAUACUCGAUAACAUGGACAUGGCUGCCGAAUGUCUCGACCAUAUGGCUGCAGGUAUUGACACGACUGGUGAUGUUCUGUGCUUCUUGAUGUGGGAACUCUCUCAGCCUCGAUCAAUCAAGUAUCAACGUUUGUUGAAAGAAGAGUUCCUGAGAAAGGCUGAUGCACCUUUUGACGAACUACCUAUGCUGGACGCUGUGCUGAACGAGGGACUACGAUGUUUCCCGGCCAUUCCCAUGUCUUUACCGCGAUAUGUUCCACAGGGCGGUCGUGUCAUUGAUGGUUUUUCUUUGGCCGAAAAGACUGUGGUUAGUUGCCAGGCCAUGUCAGUUCACAGAAUCAACGACGACGUGUUUCCCGAACCAGACAAGUUUUAUCCAGAGAGAUGGUUGGCGGCCGAAGGUGAUGCCGACCGACGACGGCAUCAGUGGGCUUUUUCAAGUGGAGGCAGGGGAUGCAUUGGAAAGCAUCUUGCCAUGGUGGAGAUGAAGACGCUGUUGCGGGAUGUCUAUUCACGAUACGAAACGGAGCCAGAUGAGUCGAUGAAGAGUGAAUCCAUGAUAAUGGAUGAUCAGCUAAUCUCGUCACGGCCUCUUGGAAAGCGAUGUCUCCUGAAGUUUGUGCCAGUCAAGGACUGA